AAGUGUUUGGAACCACUUCGUUUUCAUUAACGGUUGAAGGUAUGGGUCCAUAUCCGCUCAGUGAUAGCACAAAUCUCCUGGGUCCGACAACGAGUCUGGCCGGCAGUACGACGUGUUACACCAACUAUGGCACGAACAUUCACACGCCAGUGCCGGUGCGCAAGUGUCACUACGACUACACGUACGAUCGCGACAGUUUUCGACGGCAUUCGGCGCACGGCAGGAUGUCAGGUAGCGUUAAGUGUUAAGUUGCAGUUGCUGUAACUUUACAACUAAGUAACAAACAACAACAACAAACGCAACACAAUUACAACAAAUACUGGUGUCACUGCAAAAUGAAAAGAUUUGAACUCCAGCAGCAGCAAAGAAGUCCCAAUGCACACCACACAAAAGAGCACACACACACACUAAAACAGAG